AUGGUCGGAGACGGCCGUGGAGCAUAUCUAGAACAUGGCCCUAUGGUCUUGUACAGUGUGCUGGAUUAUGUAUUUUUCUUGUCAGAGCUGGGAUUACAUAGAAUUAGAUACAUACACACUGAAUCGCAUUCAGGACAUUUCCGCAAGGACGACAUGCGUCUACCCAUGAAGGAUAUAGGGGACUACCUGGGUACCCAUGCUUCAAAAAAGUCAGAACAAGCACCAGCUAACAAUGCAUUUCUCUUUACAAUACGACGCGUUUAA